AUGAGGGGACAAGGUCGUAGCGCCUCGGAAAUUCUGGCACAUGCUAGAAGAAGUGCUCGUAAACAAGACGAAUUCAGUAGAGGAGGUUUCCAUUUCGUUGCUGUCUCGGAUCACAUUUUGGAAUCCCAAUGUGCUCAUGAGGGAGCAGGGGACAUGCAAUGUUCUAGAUGCCGUUUCGAGAUGUCAUUACGCUUGCCAGAACUUCCUGAAAUGGUGUUUCCCAAUAAUGCGCUUACUAUCGAGUUUACCAAGUUUGCCGUUCUUCUUGAAAAAUUUGUUCCUAUCACAGGAAGUUUUAUCAGCUUCAAUGCACUCGAUGCUCUGAAGAUGGUAUCUCCUGAUGUUCUUCCAGAUGUGCAGGUUGCUCCUUCAUCAGCAUGGCAAGAAUCAAGACAAGGAAUCGUAGAAAAAACUGCCCAUCCAUUCGAUUGGACUUUCACUACAAAGUACGCUGGAACCGUACAUGGGUGCAAAGUGGAGCCUACCGACUUGACCGUUGAUAUGGAGCGUUUAAAACGACAAGAACCUAUAGGAUUUUACUCACAAGUAACACUGUAUGAGGAUGAAUUAGCUGACCAUGGUACAUCGCAGGUUAGUCAUGUGAUGUUUUCUCUGUCUUUCAAAGGUGGUGUUCAUUGUUUCAUUGUUCGGUUUUGA